AUCUAGCUAGGUAGUUUUUGAUAAUCUUUGCAGCCAUGGCGAAAGCGGCAGCUGGUUUUGGUCUUGUGCUCGCGUGCUUUGCUCUGGCGGCGUCCAUGGCCGGCGCGACGCAGUUCAUGGUCGGCGGCGCCGGUGGCUGGAGCGUGCCCGGCGCCGGCGGCGAGUCGUUCAACAGUUGGGCCAUGAAGAACAGGUUCCAGGUCGGAGACACCCUAGUGUUCGUGUACCCGAAGGACACCGACUCGGUGCUGCAGGUGUCGGCGUCGAGCUACAACGCCUGCAACACGACGGCGUACGACAAGAAGUUCGCCGACGGCGACACGGCGUUCGCGCUGGACCGCGCGGGGGCAUUCUUCUUCAUCAGCGGCGUCGAGGCCAACUGCCGCGCCAACGAGAAGCUCAUCGUCAUGGUCCUCGCCGCCGGCCGCAACGGCACCGGCACCGGCGGGGGGCCGCCGCCUUCGUCUUCCUCGUCUGCUCCGCCUCCUGCGUCCGCCGCACCGCCGCCUUCGCCGUCCGCUUCCGCCCCGCCGCCAGCGACGCCCCCCGCCGCGCCCGCCCCUAAGUCCCCCAGCCCCAAAUCGGCUCCUCCUCCGGCCCCCGCUUCUUCCCCACCUCCGACGACGGCGAGCUCCCCCCCACCCGCCGCGUCUCCUCCUAGCUCACCCCCCUCCGCUCCGGCGUCACCCACGCCAUCCGCUCCGGAAUCUCCGCCAUCUGCUCCGGCCGGCGCGUCGCCGCGUCCGGCGGGGCCCAGCGACCGGAACGCCGCCGCCGGGGUCACGGCGGGCCUCGCUGGUUCGGCCGCGGCCUGCGCCGUCGUCGGCUACGCCAUGCUGUUUGCCCUCUGAAGAUCUGGAGCGCGAGGGAGGAAGUGCGUGUGUGAUUGAUUUGGUGCCGUGAUUUGUAAAAGACGUGAGAUCUGUGUGGAUGGAGCGAUCGGUCUGUUUGUUGUACGAAAACUACGAAUUCGUUUUCCACGGGAUGAAAUAAUUAACAAGUCGAGAAGACGAUCUUGAAGAAAAGAAAUAGGGGGAAAUGGUAUUCGAUCAUGUGGCGGUUUCGAAA